GGAAAAUUUGCUACUGGAAGUUAAGGUGGGUCUGCUUAGAGAAGAUGGAUCGCAUCAUUCAUCAGCAAUCUACCAGACGAAGGUUCUUGGUCAUAUCUUUGUCUUUCCUCACGAGUGAAACUGUAAAAAAAAUCACACUAUGGGCCCAGUAGCAGCUUUUGUAAGCCCAAAUACGAAGAUAGAGAAGGGAAAGAGGGGAUGAAGAUUCUAAUGUCAUCACAGCCAAACACGUGUCAUCAAACUCUCAAGGCUUCUUCUUCCCUUAUCCUACGAAAAUCGAAAUCACGCGCCACUCUCAAGCUUCCCACAACGAACGAACGAGGAUGAGUCAAACAACGGUGCCUCAUCAUCUCCAUUCUUAUUUACGUUCGAGGCAAGCAGGUGCAUGUCUACUCCCUUCACCGUCUCCGUCUCCGUCUCCACGAAGAUUCGUAUGUAAACCAAACGUUCUGAUGUGGAAAAGAUCACCUCACAAGCACAAACUCUCUCUUACUGCUAAAGCUUCUUCUUCUUCUUCAGCUCAAGCAGCAAGUAGUAUUGGUUCUGAAACAUUAGAAGAAGAAAAGGGAGAGGUGUUAAAGGCCUUGUCUCAGAUCAUUGAUCCUGAUUUUGGGACAGAUAUAGUCUCAUGUGGUUUUGUUAAAGAUUUGGUUAUUGACCAAUCUCUUGGUGAGGUUUCAUUUCGUUUGGAACUAACAACACCAGCUUGUCCUGUCAAAGAUAUGUUUGAGAAGCAAGCAAAUGAGGUAGUUGCAGCGCUUCCAUGGGUGAAGAAGGUGAACGUGACAAUGUCUGCACAACCAGCUAAACCCAUUUUUGCAGGGCAGCUUCCACCUGGUCUAUCUAGAAUUUCAAGCAUUGUUGCUGUCUCUAGUUGCAAGGGAGGUGUUGGAAAAUCUACAGUAGCUGUGAAUCUUGCUUAUACAUUAGCUGGUAUGGGUGCAAGAGUUGGCAUCUUUGAUGCUGAUGUCUAUGGUCCUAGUUUACCUACUAUGGUCAAUCCCGAGAGCCGUAUUCUUGAAAUGGAUCCUGAGAAGAAGACUAUCAUCCCAACAGAAUACUUGGGGGUGAAGCUAGUCUCAUUUGGGUUUGCAGGGCAAGGACGUGCCAUUAUGAGAGGUCCAAUGGUCUCUGGUGUCAUCAAUCAACUCCUUACAACUACUGAAUGGGGAGAGCUGGAUUAUCUUGUUAUCGACAUGCCUCCUGGAACCGGGGACAUUCAACUAACCCUGUGCCAGGUUGCGCCUUUAACAGCAGCGGUAAUAGUGACCACACCUCAAAAACUGGCAUUUAUAGAUGUUGCUAAAGGUGUACGAAUGUUCUCAAAGCUAAAGGUUCCUUGUGUUGCUGUUGUGGAGAAUAUGUGUCAUUUUGACGCUGACGGGAAACGUUAUUACCCUUUUGGGAAAGGUUCAGGUUCUCAGGUUGUCCAACAAUUCGGAAUACCUCACCUUUUUGACCUCCCCAUUAGGCCAACGUUAUCUGCUUCGGGAGAUAGCGGAGUUCCUGAAGUUGUUUCAGAUCCUUUAAGUGAAGUUGCUAGAACCUUCCAAGAUCUUGGUGUUUGUGUUGUGCAACAAUGCGCCAAGAUACGCCAGCAAGUUUCCACAGCUGUGACAUACGACAAAUAUCUUAAAGCAAUUAGAGUGAAGGUACCAAACUCAGAUGAAGAGUUCUUACUUCACCCUGCAACUGUCAGAAGAAAUGAUCGAUCAGCACAAAGUGUGGAUGAAUGGACUGGUGAACAAAAGAUUCAGUUCGGAGAUGUGGCAGAAGAUAUAGAGCCUGAGGAAAUACGACCAAUGGGGAACUAUGCUGUCUCCAUAACCUGGCCAGACGGGUUUAGCCAGAUUGCUCCAUAUGAUCAGCUGGAAACAAUUGAACGGUUAGUAGAUCUUAUUCCUCCAUUGUCUCCAGUUGAAGUCUGAUUUUGUAUAUUUUUUUGUAUAUUUCUUUUCACAAAAUUUACAGUGCAAAGUAUUUUACGUUUAUCAUAGAUUCUCAACAAAAUUUACUUUGCCAAAAUCUCUUGCCUUGGCAUUGGCAUAAUUAGCCUGCUGAAGUUUAUCAAAAGAACAGGGCUAAUAUAAGAUGUGGCCUGUC